GGGAGGGAGGCAAGGAAGGAGAUCUGACGCAUCUGAGUGAGUGGGCACAGCGAGGCUUUACUUCUCUCCGAUAUGCAACCUGCGCGACGCUGCGCCUCCUGCGACCUGCGCUACUGACACCAAGAGGGAGAGAUCAGAGGCAGGAGGAGCCGGCAUGGAUGGACGGGAACACCACUAAACACAGAGGACUGGAAGCGGUGGUUUUGCUCUCAAGUCAGAAAGAAACACUGUUUUGAUUCCCUUUCUCUUGUGUUUCUUUUUGUGGCCCGGAGCGUCACUCUUCAGUAAUGUUCGCGUGCGCAAAUUUGUUUGGUAACAAAAUACGGAAUAUUCUGUGGCUUUGAUUUCCUGGGAGAGAAAAUAACCGAACCCAACAGAUUGGCAAAGCAGAGAACUGCAAAUCGGAUUCCAUACAUUUGUGAUUGGAUGUGAAAACACUUUGACCCUUCAAAAUUGAAGAUGAUGUUGCUAUGGAAACUGCUGCUGCUGCAGUCACUUAUGGGGUGCCUGGCAGAGCGCAGCGUCCUGCAGAGUCCCGCUUUCACCAAACAGCCAGGCAGCAUUGUGUAUCCUGUGGAGACCGUGGGGAACAACAGGGAGGUGGUAUUCAGCUGCGAGGCCCAGGGUACCCCACCUCCCACAUACCGGUGGAAAUUAAAUGGUACAGAAGUCAUUCCCAAAGCCGGGUCUCACUACAGCCUUUCUGGAGGCAACCUCAGAAUCAGCCGUCUGAACAAAGACCAAGAUGCCGGAACGUAUCAGUGCCUAGCCUCCAACUCCUUUGGGACCAUCGUCAGCCGAGAGGCCAGUCUAACCUUUGCAUACUUGGAGAACUUCAAGACUCACAAAAGAAGCUCUGUCUCAGUACGUGAAGGUCAAGGAGUGGUUUUGCUGUGUGGCCCUCCUCCACAUUCAGGAGAUCUGAUCUUUUCUUGGAUCUUCAAUGAGUACCCAAAUUUCGUAAAGCAGGACACUCGCCGCUUCAUCUCCCAGGAAACAGGGAAUCUGUACAUUGCCAAAGUGGAGCCUUCAGAUGUUGGAAAUUACACCUGUGUGGUGACCAACACGGUCACAAAGACUCGUGUUCAGGGUCCUCCCACUCCUCUUGUGCUUCGCAGUGAUGGUGUUAUGGGUGAAUAUGAACCAAAGAUUGAAGUUCAAUUUCCAGAGGUUAUCCACGUAGCCAAAGGAUCCACUGUAAAGCUGGAGUGCUUUGCACUUGGAAACCCUGCACCCACCAUCAGUUGGAAGAGGGUGGAUAAUGUACCCUUCCCCAGGAAAGUGGACAUGAGGAAGGCCAGCGGUGUCCUAGAAAUCCCAUAUUUCCAACAGGAGGAUGCCGGCACAUAUGAAUGUGUGGCCGAAAACUCCAGGGGGAUGAACACAGUGAAAGGGAAGCUCUCUUUCUACGCUCCACCUCAUCUCAUUGAGAAGCCCCAAGAUGUGCAAAAGCUCAUCGAUGACUCACUGGUGUGGGAGUGCAAAGCCACAGGGAAACCAAAACCCUCGUACAGAUGGAUGAAGAAUGGAGAAAACCUGGAGUCUGCAGAGGAGCGCAUACAGGUUGCCAAUGGGAUUCUGUCAAUCAGUCGGCUAACCCUGUCUGACACCGGAAUGUACCAGUGUGUGGCAGGGAACAAGCAUGGCGAGGUCUAUUCCAACGCAGAGCUCCGAGUCAUAGCUGUUGCCCCAGAUUUCUCUCACAAUCAACUGAAGAGUCAGACACUGGUGAAAGUAGGAGGAGAUAUCCUGAUCGAGUGCAAGCCCAAGAUGUCUCCUUGGGGUGUCAUCUUGUGGCGGAAGGGCAGCGAACCCCUACAGGGAAGCAGCAGGAUCUCCAUUCUGGACAAUGGCAGCCUUCGGAUUUGGAAUGUGACCAAAUCGGACGCUGGUCUCUACACCUGUGUUGCAAGAAACCAGUUUGGAGUAGCAAGCAGCACAGGAAGUGUCACAGUUAAAGAGCCAACCAUCAUCACUACACAGCCCACAACGCUGGACAUCACUGUUGGGGAGAGUGUGGUUCUGCCAUGUCAGGUGAGCCACGACCCGUCUCUGGAGCUUAAGUUCACCUGGUUCUUCAACGAGCAGCUCAUCCACUUUGGGAACAAUGGCGGAUUCUUCGAAAAAGUUGGAGGCCAGCACUCAGCGGGAGACAUUAUGAUUCGGAACAUCCAGCUGGGCCACGCAGGGAAGUACACAUGCGCUGUGCAGACCAAGGUGGACAGCAUCUCCAUAGCUGUGGACCUAGUAGUUCGAGGUCCCCCAGGGCCACCCACCAGCAUUCAAGUAGAAGAAAUCACUGAUACCACCGCGUCUCUUUCCUGGAGGCCUGGUCCUGAUAAUCACAGUCCAAUUACGGCAUACACCAUUCAGGCCAGGACACCAUUUUCCCUGGGGUGGCAGGCUGUCACCACAGUUCCUGAGGUUGUAGGGGGCCACCAGCUGACAGCUACAGUAAUAGCGCUGAGCCCUUGGGUGGAGUACGAGUUCCGGGUCCUGGCAAGCAACAAAGUCGGGACGGGUGAGCCCAGCAAGCCGUCCAAACAAGCUAGGACGAAGAGCACCACUCCGAAGGUCACACCGGCUAAUGUGAGUGGAGGAGGAGGCAGUCGCUCCGAAUUAGUCAUCACAUGGGAGCCCGUUCCAGAGGAGCUGCAGAAUGGACCAGGGUUCGGCUAUGUGGUGGCUUUCCGACCUCGAGGCGCCACGGGCUGGAUGCAGGCAGCCGUGCCGUCCCCAGAGGCAUCCAGAUAUGUUUUUAAAAACGAGAGCAUCCAACCUUUCUCGCCUUUCCACGUGAGGGUCGGGGUUUACAACAACGAGGGCGAGGGGCCAUUUGGCUCGGUUACCACUAUCUACUCAGCCGAGGAAGAGCCUGGCCGAGCUCCCACCAGGAUCCGUCUCAAGAGCCUCUCUGCAUCUGAGAUCGAGGUGUCAUGGAAAGCCCUGCCCUGGAACGCCAGCAAGCGGAGGGUGCUGGGCUACGAGCUGAGGUACUGGAGUAGAAGUGAGAGGGAGGAGACGGCCAGCAUACUGAGGACCACAGGGAAUCAGACAUCCACCGUCAUCAGUGGGUUGAGAGGCAGCACCGUCUAUUAUAUCUCAGUGAGGGCCUACAACACAGCUGGAACAGGCCCUUCAAGCACCACAGUCAAUGUGACCACCAAAAAACCACCUCCCAGCCAGCCUCCGGUUAAAGUCAUGUGGAACACAUCAAACUCCAAGAUUAUCCUGAACUGGGAGCACGUCAAAGCUCUGGAGAACGAGUCAGAAGUGACCGGUUACAAAGUGCUAUACAAGAAGAAUCGACACAGCCGACCUAAUGUCAUGGAAACUAACACCACCUCAGUGGAGCUUGCUCUUCCGACUGAUGAGGAAUAUAUCAUCCAAAUAAAGCCAUUUGGAGAGGGAGGAGACGGGAACAGCAGCAAGCAGAUCACCAUCCCUAGGAUAGCAGGACCCAAUGCAGUCGGCUCAGCCUCCAAGGUCUCCACGCUGUCAGCCCUCAGCACAAUAGCUCUCUCUUUCACAGCACGGACAUCUUUAUGACAAACAGCUCCCAGCAGAUGUUGCAUCUAAGGUGGAGACAGCUCUCAGGCGGGAACACAAGUGGAGCCCACUCCGGUGUAACUAGAUACAUCCAUUUAGAUUUUAGAGACAGAGGGAAGACACUGAGGGUAAAAAUGUUCAAAUACGCCAUGUAGAAGACAGAUAAGGAGUCCCUGUCAGCUUCAUAGGCCAGGUGAGGGAGAUUAUCCGAUGUCGUGACUAUGUUGUUACCAAAGCAGCUUUCAUAAAAGAAACAUAAAGGAAAAAGUCUUAUAUGCAUCUUUUUGUAUGACAUGUUGAGCUUUUAUAGAUUUUGUUUUCCUGAUGGGUUAGGAGAUGAC